CCACGGUACGCGCACACCGGUCUAUUGUUCUGGUAGAGAGCGCAUAUCAAACAAGACCACGAACCCAACCACCUCUCGCCCCGCCAAGUUUCACGAGCUGAGGACGAAACCUCAGGAAGGACAUCUCACGCUUUGUGAGAGAAAGAAAAAACGAAUACCCUCCCUCGCCGUGGCAACCUAUACAACUCUCUACAAUGCCUACCUACCUCUGCCACGGCUUCCGCUGGCCCCGUCCUCUCAUCCGAAUCCACAUCAUCUUGCAAAACCUCGACGAUGCCGCCGCAGAAUGGCUUAUGGCGCCGCCUACCACCGCAACUUUGACCCAGAACUUCCACACGCUCUACCCAGAGCUCAUGGCCUCGCUUCCCUCGCUCCGCUUCAUUGAGCAGUAUGACCCCGCCGACACCUCCGCCAAGUCUCAGCCCUUCGCCUACGUUUGCGACCAGGUCCACGAAGUACAACUAGGAGUUGAUAUCGAUGAAGUGAGGGGGAAGGGUGUGGCGAACGAGGCAUGGGCCGCUCUGGUCGAUUUGAGGGACAAGAUUGCGCCGGGGGAGAAGGUGGCGUGGUUCGUGGUUGUGAAUGGAGACGUGGAGCGGUGGGCACCACCGACAGUGGGGUUGUUAGAAGGAAGUAGCGCCGGAAGCGGUGUCAGCGCGGGGAGUGCAAUCAGUCCAACUAGUGGGAGUGGGAGCAGUGUGGGGAGGGAGGAGGAUGGAGAGAAACAGCGCAAGGGAUUCAGGAAAUGGUUUGGCAGGAAUUCGCUUCGCAAGUCGAAAAGCAUGCGCGAUCUCAACAUCGACGAAUCCAUACAGUCGCACCCUGGCACCCCGCCUUCUCUCUCUCAGACUGCUCCUGGUACCGCCGUUUGAUGUGAAGAAUCACCACGAGUACAUACGACGUGCACAAUUCUGAUUCAGUUUGUUCACAAAGUUCCCGAAGCAAGCGAUUUCUAAGCUUGAAUUUCAGGCCCUUUAAGCCUUUGAUCUAUCUGGCGGAUGCGGCGUUCAUCAAAGCUAGGUACAGCGCCUGAGUCUCCUCGUCAUCUUGGCUUAUGUCAGUUGCAAUUGGCGGU